CAACGUUAGUGUAUGAACGUUGUCUAAUUGCCGUAACUGGUGGUCUCCUUGUUUACUGUUCCGUAAUAGAGAGUCGAGUGACAAAAUUGAAAAAACCUGUGUUCUGUGUCGUACCAGAAAUUUAUUACUUGCACUAUUUCUUCUUUAGUAAUGCUAUUUGUUAUUAUUAACGUAAAUCUGUGAAAUUUUAUACAGAAGUGCGUUCUUUUAAAGUUAGACAUUUAUUCCGUGACCAUAACAUAGCAGAGCCUGAGGAAGCGUCCAGAGGAAAACCUUGGUGCCGUCCAACUCCAGCUUAAUUUCGAGUUUUUUAUUACAUAGUGGCUUUGAUUUCAACAUAUAAACUAACAAAUCAAAACAAUGGCCAAGCCACCACGUGGGAAUGACCUGCUGACAGUGCUGCGAGGUCUGUCACGUGUUGGGUCAGCCUUGGUGGAUGUCCGGUCACAGGAGGCGAGCAAGGCGUGGGCCACUUCAUCACUCCGUCCCCUAAUCUUGCAAGGGAGUACUGGCCUACAAGAUACCAUCACAAAGGCACUACAGCAACCACAAAUUUUCAAGAAAGAUGUGUCGAAGAGCGCAGCUGAAACCCUGGCACGUAUAUCCAUGGUUACGGAGGGUAUCAAAGCGUAUAAAAGUGAUACUGUGGCUGUUGCAGGAUAUACCACCAAGUCUGAAGAGGCUGUUGAGUAUGAUCCAAUGUUUGAUCCUAAUGUGAAAGAACUGAACAUUGAAGAGAUAAUGAUGCAUGAAGCUAUGGAUGGACACAUUGACCAAACACCAGGUGAUAGUGAAUUCACCGGUGCUCUCGGUGGUGUCCGGGAAGCUACUGACACUCUUGUGGAAAAUGUCAAAGGAACACGAGAAGGAAUUAGUCAAAGAUUGGAACAGUUUGAAUCUCUUCUUGAUGUAGCAGAAGUUGAGGAGAGAGAUAUAACAGAGGAACACCUUCAAGCUUUAGAUGAAGAAUUAAGUGAACUUAAAGAUGUUGCUUUUGGACAUAAUUUAAAAAUAUUCAAAGAAGUGGAGCAUUCUAAGCCUUUAAAAGAAGUUGUGGAAGAUAUAGUUAAAGAACAAAUAACUGUCACGGAAAUUAAUAGACAGGCCACAAGUUAUUCAGAAGAUGGAACGGAACAGGUGGUACAACAAGCCAAUAUCUCGGAAAAUGCUGAGAUGAAAGACCCAGCAUCUGACCCCAGUUUACUAGAGCUAAGUGUUGAGGAAGUCAUUAUGCAUGAAGCUCUGAGUGGUCACAGUAACCAGACAAUGGGUGACUCUUCCCUUAGUAGUGAUAAUCAGUUAAGAAAUGCCCUCAACCAUAUUCAGGAUGCAGUGGAAAAUGCCAAAGAAAUGAAAGAAGAGAGUCAAAAGAGAGUAGAACAAUUUGCACCUCUUCUUGAUAUAUCAAAUAUUGAAGAAAGAGAAAUUACAGAGGAACAUCUUCAAGCUCUUGAUGAGAAGUUGUCUGAACUUCACGACAUUGCUUUUGGGCAUAACUUGAAAAUAUUUAAGGAGGUGGAACAUAGUAAACCUUUAGAAGAUACCAUACAGGAUAUUAUUAAAGAGCAAGUUGCCAGAGAAGAUAAUGUAAAAGCAGGAAGUUGCUCGCAGGAGACCAUACCAGAUUUUAAAGAGGAAUUACAAAGCCUGAAUGAAGAAACAGUAUUGAAGGACCAUGUAAUAUCGGCAGUGAGUCACUCACAAGAGAGAGUGGGUUGGGGUAGUGAUGCCAAUGCAGACUUGGACAGCUCUCUAUCACAGGUGGUGAAGAUUGUCAACCUUGAAGAAUCAAGCACAUCUGCUGUCCACGAGUUUGAUGUGGAGCUUCAUGCAGACCCCCAGGUAGAGGUGACACCAAGUGAAGAGAUCUCAGACAUUGGAAGCUCUGUAUUUAGUACUGUGCCAACUGCAGGUGUUAUCUCUGGUAAUUCUUCUGUUGCUGAAGUUGAAAUCCACACACAAGUAGAUCCUAAAGCACAUUUUUCACAUACAGAAAGUACUAUAGAUACUGCCAGUAUCACAUCAUCAGACAUACCACCAGAAAUUCUCUUUGAUAGGGUGUCUGAGGUUCAUGUUGCUAGUACUGCUGCUGCUCCUAAUGUUGAGGUUCAGAGUGACCCCAAAGUUGAGCAGCCACAAGUAGAAAAUUUUUCAAGUGCCACAAAUCCUGAUCCAGUUACUGGAACUGUUGAUGUAGAUCUUGACAUUCAUUCAUCUCGGGCAGAUGUUACAAGUGCUUCAAGUUCACCAAAAUCAACGACUGAACGUGUUGCCGAAGUUGAAAUAGACCCUAAAGCCGAGUCAUCACAGACUGAAAGUGUGACUGUCACUUCAGGUACAUUAUCCCCAGAUGAAUCAACUGUAAACAGUGUAUCAGGUACUGCUGAUGUAGAGGUGCCAGUGGAACAAGAAGUUAAGGCAGCACAACUACAAAUUGACACAAGAACCUCACACUCCUCGAAUGUAAUACCUGAUACAGCUGUUGCUGUUCAAGUGGGCAUUAAGGUUGAGCCAGCAGAAGCAGGAAUUGAUACUGACAUUGUACCACCAACAGUUGCAGAUACCUCGAGUAUUUCAGAUGCAGCAGCUACGACUGUUGAUGGUGAGCUUAAAGCAAACUCAAACGUAGAUCCACCACAGACAGAAAGUGUUACAAGCACGUCUAACAUAUCAUCUUUAAAGUUAGGGUCAUCACCUCAUGUCUCAGAUGCAACUAAAGGUACUGCAAACAUUGAGUCUCUACAAACUCAUAAUGUCACAAGUACUGUUAACACAUUAUUGCACGAUGUAUCACCUCCAACCCCUGGUGGUGUAGGUGUAGCUGCUGUUGUUUUGGGAACUGCUGCUGGAACUACUACCAUUGGAGCUGCUGCUGCUACCACUGGAGCUGUAAUUGCUGGAGUAGCUGCCACUGCAACAGCUACUGUUGCUACUAUCUCAAAGCAUGAUUUAGAUAGUAAGGUCCAAGUGGAUAGUAAUGCUUCUGCAAAUGAUUCCCCUGUUCUUUCUGAACCUGUGACUGCAGCCACUGCUGCUGCAACUACUGCUGCUGCUACUAGACCGGUUUCAAGUAAUGAUAAUAUGCCAAAUAAACAAAAAAGAAAAGUAGCUCCUGCCAAACCCAUGCCAAAACUUCUGGGAAGAAAACCAUUGGCAAAGGAAAAGCCAAAGUCAACACUGUCAGACAAUGCACAAGCAAGAAAAGUGCCUCACUCCAGGGUAGGACGCCUAAUGUCUUUUGGUGGCUUAGCUGCAGGUUUAGGAGCAGGAACUAUUGCAGAAAUGACCCGCCGCACCCUGGGUUUGAAACAGGAAAGUGGUGCUGGAUCUUUGUUGGAUGGAUCGCCAUUCUUGACGGAAGCAAAUGCGAAGAGAAUAGUGGACACACUUUGUAGAGUAAGAGGAGCUGCCUUGAAGCUGGGUCAGAUGUUAAGUAUCCAAGACAGUGCAAUGCUUAACCCACAAAUACAGAAGAUUUUUGAACGUGUACGCCAGAGUGCGGAUUUUAUGCCAAUGUGGCAAUUAGAGAGAGCCAUUGAAAGUCAACUGGGUGCAGGCUGGAGGAGUAAGGUCGCCUCUUUUGAUGAUAAACCAUUCGCUGCUGCUUCUAUCGGUCAGGUUCAUUUAGCAAACCUCCAUGAUGGCCGUUCAGUAGCCAUGAAGAUCCAGUAUCCGGGAGUAGCACAAGGAAUUGAAAGUGAUAUCAGCAACUUGAUAUCUAGUCUAAAAGUUGCAAAUAUUCUCCCUGAAGGUCUCUUUGUGGACUCUAUCGUUGAAGUAGCCAAGAAGGAGUUAGGGUGGGAGUGUGAUUACAUACGCGAGGCCGAGUGUACUCGGAGGUUUAGUGAAUUGGUCGAGACAUAUUCCGAUUAUUACGUACCUGAAGUGAUCUCUGAACUCUGCACACCCCAAAUAUUCACCUCGGAACUGAUUGCUGGCAUCCCCGUGGACAAAUGUGUUGAUAUGGAUCAGGAAACUCGUAAUUUUAUAAGUGAGAAGAUCCUCCAUCUCUGUCUUUUGGAACUCUUUCAAUUUGGCUUCAUGCAGACUGACCCAAACUGGUCCAACUUCUUCUAUAACACUGAGACAGAACAGAUGGCGCUUUUGGACUUUGGUGCGUGUCGGGAAUACAGCAAAGACUUUGUCGACAAGUAUAUCCAUCUAAUCCAUGGUGCAGCCAUAAAAGAUCGCGAUAAAGUUCUCAAGUACUCCCAGGACCUUGGUUUCCUCACAGGGUAUGAGGCUAAGGUAAUGGAGGAAGCUCAUGUGGAUGCUAUCAUGAUCCUGGGUGAAGCAUUCCAAGAAGAUAAACCAUUCCACUUUGGAAAUCAGGACACCACCUACAGAAUACAGCACCUUGUUCCUGUCAUGCUAUCUCAUCGCAUGUGUGCCCCCCCUGAAGAAUCAUAUUCGCUCCAUCGAAAAAUGUCAGGUGUUUUUCUUCUUUGCUCCAAGUUAGACGGGGUUGUAAACUGUCAUUCAUUAUUCCAUGAAGUCUUCAGUAGUUACAAGUUUGGAGGUACUUGGGAAGAUUUUCAUGCAGGAAGGUUGUAAACAUCAGCCAACAGCACUUUAGAUACCAGUAUUUCAGAACCUACCACUGAUAAAAGACCAACUGGGUAUAAAAGAUAAUAAUUUUAUCGUUGCUUUCCACUGACACCCAAUACAGCACAGUGGCUGGUGUAUUAUGAAAUGUGGCAACUGUGAAAUGGCCGUAAUAACUGCCGUAGUUGACGGCCAGCAAAACAAAGAAACAGGCAACUGUGUAUUAAAGCUCUGAAAAUGGUCCUAAGGAUGCUACAUAAGCAUUCCACACAGUUGCCACAUCACACAAAACAUCCCAGCCACGGUAUUUGGGGGUAAGUAUGGGUAACUGUACUUGGCAUCCUAUAAGGUAAUAUAAUAUUCUAUCAGUUGGAUGUUAUUAUCAAGGAGAGAGAAAGUAACUAGCAUAAGAAAAAGAAUGUUUAGUAAAUUAAUAAUGGUGCAUAGAUAGAAAUAGAACAUGGAGAAGAUUGGAGAUGGUGCUGUUGAUUUUAGUUGCAAGAUUUGAGUUGCAGGAUGAAAAUCAGAAGACGGGGGUUUAAUUAUGAUAGUGUUGUGUGAUGUCUGAAUCCUGGCAUGAUAGCUGAUUUUCUGAUUUUGUUGUGCUUAAUGGUUAGUAAAAUGUAAGUUAGGAACAUGGGCUAUGUGACCAUAUUUAAAUUUCAGUAGGAUUCAAUAUAUAGCAUGCCCUUAAAAUUCUUGGGGGUUACAGUAGGUUCUCAAAAUGGCCGCGAAUAACAUUUGCUGACCGGGGGGGAGGGGGGGGGUUACAUUUGUGCUCGUGUACAAUGAAAUGUACUGUAUGUAUUCCUUUUGUGUUUGUUCUUAGGGCAAUUAUUUCUUUUACCUGUAUUGUAUGGGAAAAUUCUCUCACAAAAAAUUGGAAACAAGAACAACAAAAAUGUCAUAGUUCUACCCUCAAGUCAACUCUGUGCUUUGUUAUAAUUUCAAUAACAAAGCAUGGUGUUGGCUUUAGAGUGGGUUCUCUCAUUUUUAAUACAUUUAUGUUUUCUUGUUUCUGAUUACAGUAAUAUCUCCAUUAGCUGGAAUCCCUCAAACCUGGAAAUCUCAAGAGUUUUUAAUACUGUGAACACAAUAGCCUAUCAACUUGUACAAGCUAUCAUUCUCUGCCAUCGACACGUCCAUGUUCGUUGUCAUAAGAAAAGUUGAUUUUGUUAACUUACGGCUCCCGUGAAAAUAUCACUUCCUUAUUUAAAACGUCGGCAAGGAACUCGCCUUCAUUUUUUUCAUAACUGCCCGAGCAGGGAGGGUCGGGAACUGAGCUGUACUUAUCAUUUUCAAUGCAUACUUUAAUUUAGGGGGAGAUGGUACAGGUUUCCUCGGGCAUACAAGCGAGAACAGAUUUUUCAGACAGUCCUGAGUCAGUCUUGAUGUGAAAAGGAAUUUGUGAUCAGCAUCUAGAAGCUCCUCUGCAAUGUCCAAAACAUUGUAUGUUGAAAUAAUUACUCCUGUUUGUAUGGGUUUCCAAUCUUCACACUUUUGAAGAUGUGAAUCACUCCUUGUAAGUAGUUUACAGCUUCUUCAUAUUUUUUAGGGUGCAUUCUGCUGAAUGCCAUUGCAGGAUGGCGACUGGUCAUAAGUUCAAACCAAAGGUUCAGUAUUUCAAUCAGCCAAGCUGUGGUCAGAUACUCCUCCUUCCUUCCCUCUUUGUUAACCAAAUAUAUAAGACCAGAACUAACGUCAUGACUCAAAACCCGUGUGGCAUUAGAUACCUUCAUCUUAUCAAAAUGGGUUGGCAUUAAUAUUGCCAUUAGCUUGGAUGCUAGUUUCAAGUCCAGGUCUUUCUGAAACUUAGCAAGAUCCUCCAGUGGCUCAACUCUGACCACAUUGGAUUUCAGUUUGUGUUUGAAGACAGAGGUUGCGGUAAGCUGAUCAGCUGUUUGAUCUUUGUAAAGAAACGACUCAUGGUGUUCAGUGUGGGGUUCUUUUUUUUUCUUCAGAAAAGUUGAUUCUUUUAGCAUAAUAUUUUAUCAACCUGGCACCAAAUGAUACUAAACAGGGGACCCCCCAAAUUCGCAGGGGUUAGGUUCUCAAAAUGG